GGCUCCGCAUCAGCAUUGGCUCUCGCUGGAUGUUAGCCGAAAAGAAAAGGCUCCAGUUGCGAGCCCUGUACCGAUGCGUGAAUGCUAAGGUCGGGCUUAGUGGUUGAUCAGGCACGCUUGCGAGAGGUCGAAUCGAGUAGCGAAACCUGUGCACCGAGUACACCCAAAAGGCAGCAAGGGCAACGCACAAUACCAUUCGUUAACACUUGCACUAUAGUUUCAUCACCGACAAUCUGGUUGUUUAGGAAACACGCACACAAACGUAACGAUCCGAUAAGGUUCGAAACGUGGUUAAACCCAUCGGUUCGGUUGGCGGGUCCCCAGACCCCAGUGUACGUGCGUUAAGCGAAUCGUGUGGAUUGCAGAAGUGAAUGUUGUUAGUUUGCUGAAGCGGAAAAUCCCCGGUCAUCUAGUUUGUGGCGCCAGUUCCUAUUCGGCAGCAAAUCCGCAGCAGAUACAACCAAAACAACUACAUCCCACACAAGUGUGCAACGCGACCCGUACUCACUCACAUUACCGUUCGGCGUGUAAUAUCGUCAAUCAAAGUUCAGUAUUGAAAAAAAAAACCCGUUUUUCAACAUCGUAAGGGAAAGUUAGCUGUCGUUGACCACCGUCUCUUGCCAAAUCUGCCAGCUUCUUGCGUAGCUGUGCGUGUGUUUGUGAGUGCGUGCAUGUGAGCAUUACGACAAGGUCGGUAACGUCGCUGAGAAUUGGCCCAGUAACACAAAGCACAUCGGAGGCAUUCAACAAAAACAGGCCCAAGGUGGUUUUUUAAGAAACACCGUCACAACGCACACAGCAAACAUAACAAACCAGUGAUCACCUGCAGUGGUGCUGGAAACGCGCGGGAAACAACGCAGAGACAGCGAGAUUUGAACAAAAACACAAUCGAGCACCAAUCAACCGUCAACGUACAACCGAGCAAACUUCAUCUCACAUCAGUCGGCAGGGUCUAGUAUAGCCCCCUCAAGCACAAGCCCCAACGAUGAGCGGUGUCGACGACAUUCUGACGUACAAGCGAGACUCGAAGGAGGAUUUGUAUGCGAUGCUUAAUUGCAGCGAAACCUCAACGGUCGACCAAAUCCAGGCCGAGUUUAAAAUACUCGCACUGCAGUAUCACCCGGACAAGAACGAUGGUGACAAGGAGUCUGAGGCUAAGUUCCAGCAGCUGAAGGAAGCGAAGGAGAUCCUGUGUGAUCCGGAGAAGCGUGCGAGCUACGACAAGUGGCGCAACAGUGGCAUCCAGAUAAGCUACAAGAACUGGCUCGGUAUGAAGGAGCACGUCCAGCAGAGCAUGCACUGGGCGAUACCGAAAACGAAGGACCGGAUGCUGCCGGAGGGUGGCGCUACCGGGGGCACUGGUUCCGGUACCGGGUCCGGGCUGAGUGCUGCCCAACCGAACCCGGCCCAUCGGCGCGCCUCAGAGGGUGGUGCGGCACUGUAUUACGGUGGGCGGAAGGGUGAGUGGGGUUCGGAAAAUUCAAGCGAAGUCGUCAGCAAGUUCCGCAACUACGAGAUUUAAACUCGCCUCGCAUGAGGUUGAGGGAAGAACACACGACUGAGCUCGUUGUGUCGGUAGGGUGAAGGAAGGGAAGGGAAGAGCUGUGCGAAGUCGGUGUACUCUUUUCUUUGCCAUCUUUCCCCAGGAACCUCAUGUUAGGGUGGGGAAGGGUUUGGAAAGUAUGGGUAAAAGUGUGGUGAGGGAGGGUUUUUGUCUUGUGAAAGUCCUUGAUGUCCUUGACAGUAUACAAGCUUACAAACUCACACAGUCACUCCUGGUGCGACUACUGGUUUCAAGAAAGGAAUUCUAAACCAUUCAAUGUACCUCUCUAUCUUCUAUCUCGCACUCUUGUUCCCUUUUUGUCCCACUCUCUCUCUGUC